CCCCGAUAAAUGGACUGAAACGUGCGAGGGAUUCGUUGCUUCCGUUUUCCCUCCUUAAUCUUUGGCCAGUUCUGCGAAGAACCCUUGUCAGUGACGGUCUUCUAAGUUCCAUGUCCAGUACCUCUCCUCCCCGCCUCUACGCCUUCCCGUUCCCGCGUCCGCAAUCGUCUUCUCUCCCUCUCUCUCGCCAGUGCAAAACUUGCGUCUUCCUCUGCAUUACCAAACUACACUCCUCGCCUCCAUCAAAGAGGUUGCUAGGGUUUGUUUACUUGCAGCCUCAACUCAAGCCGCCGUCUGCCUCCACUUCUGCAUAUACAACGACGAAAUGGGUAUCAAGGGCUUAACAAAGCUUUUGGCGGACAACGCUCCCCGGGGUAUGAAGGAGCAGAAAUUUGAAAGUUUUUUCGGUCGCAAGAUUGCCAUUGACGCCAGCAUGAGCAUCUAUCAGUUUCUUAUUGUAGUUGGAAGAAGCGGGACUGAAAUGCUCACCAACGAGGCCGGUGAUGUCACUAGUCAUUUGCAAGGCAUGUUUUACAGAACCAUUAGGCUCCUUGAGGCUGGAAUUAAACCCAUCUAUGUGUUUGAUGGGCAACCCCCUGAUUUGAAAAACCAAGAGCUGGCAAAGCGUUCUUCAAAAAGGGCAGAUGCUACUGAGGGUUUGAGACUAGCUGUAGAGGCUGGCAACACUGAGGACAUUGAAAAGUUCAGUAAACGUUCUGUGAAGGUCACGAAGCAGCAUAACGAAGACUGCAAAAAAUUGUUGAGACUCAUGGGAGUCCCUGUAAUUGAGGCUCCUUCUGAAGCUGAAGCACAGUGUGCUGCUCUCUGCAAAUCAGGGAAGGCUUACGCCGUAGCUUCUGAAGACAUGGAUUCACUUACGUUUGGAGCUCCUAGAUUUCUUCGUCAUCUAAUGGAUCCCAGCUCGAAAAAAGUUCCUGUCAUGGAAUUUGAAAUCGCGAAGAUCUUGGAAGAUCUAAACAUCAGCAUGGACCAGUUCAUUGAUCUUUGUAUCCUCUCCGGAUGUGAUUAUUGCGACAGCAUCCGAGGUAUUGGAGGCCAGACUGCCUUAAAGCUCAUUCGUCAGCAUGGCUCCAUAGAGGGUAUAAUUGAGAACAUAAGCAAAGAGAGGUACCAAAUACCGGAGGACUGGCCUUAUGUGGAAGCUCGAAGGUUAUUUAAAGAACCAAAUGUUAUUGCAGAGGAUGAACAGGAGAUCAAAUGGGCAUCUCCGGACGAAGAAGGCUUGGUUAGUUUCCUGGUGAAUGGAAAUGGAUUCAGUGCCGACAGGGUGACUAAGGCAAUAGAAAAAGUCAAAGCAGCCAAGAACAAGUCCUCACAGGGCAGAUUGGAUUCAUUUUUCAAACCUGCUGCCAGCACAUCCAUUCCCCUUAAGCGGAAGGGAACAUCAUGUACUCUUGGGUCUCUCAAACCAUGGGGAAGGCCAAAAAUGGCCUCCAUUCCAGCCUUUAGUUGUUGGUACUUGCCGAGGGUCUCUGGCAGUGCAAGGCUGCCAAGUCUGGAACUGAGUUCAAAGCACUAUGUUCCAUUUUCCAGAGUUGUCUGCUUCAGCUGAUGAAGCUGAAACCCUGGUCACAUCCAUUUCAGUCACUGAGACGCCUGUUGCCCCUACCAAGGGAGCGAGUGGGAAAAAAUCGAAGGCUGGCGGUGGGAGGAAGAAGUAGCAGUUCGGGUUUGGCAAGUUGCAUAUGAAUGUGGUCAACGUUGGGUAUCGAUGCUGACGAUGCUUGCUGCCACUCGAGAGGGAGAUUGAAGAUCGGUCAGCGCAAACUGGUUCCCGAUUGAGGUCUGAUCUUCUUGACGCAGACAUGUAACCAUUUUGCUCAUCAUGGUUAGUGUUUGAGGCCAUGCUAGUUAACGAUGGGGAUGUAGUUGAUAAUGUUUUGGGUUGAUGAGAAAAUAUUGGUUUUGGUUUUAUUCAGUUCUGAAAAUUAGGUACCCGUUAAUCAAGUUGUGUUUGGUAAAUUCACACUUCACUGAGAUGAUUUCUAUCCAUAAUCCUUGUCAGUGCUUUCGAAUUUGGAUCCUUGCAAAACCCAUUUACGGCUAC